CGGUUUGAGCUGGGAGCCCCGUUCCCGGGCGGUGGAGCAGGUCCAUCUGCGUUGCACCGAGGGCUCCCUGGAAUGGAUGUACCCAGCGCGAGCCCUGCGUGUGGUUCUGGAGCCCAACCUCUCCAGUGCCCAGCACACCACUGUCUGCAUCAAGCCUGCCAGUGACUUCCAGGGUGCCAGCAUCUAUGUGGAACAUGCUGGGCAGCUGCAUCUGGUGGUAAGCGAAGCAGAAGGGGCUCGACCCCACCACGUGUCUUGCUUCAGUGCCCAAGUGCAACGAGUGGCCCUCUUCCUGCAGGCCAGCCCGCAGAGGGACAUCAGCCGCCGGACAGCCAGCUUCCAGUACGAGCUGCUGAGCAACCAGAGCGCUGCUGGCACCGAUUUCAAAAAGAUGGCAGUGGUGGAAGCUAUGUGCCGGCCUUGUGACAAUGUGGAACUUCUUAUGGCCAUUUGCAGCAGUGAUUUUGUGGUGAAAGGAUCUAUCCGAAAUGUUUCCCACGAUUCAGAGAACUACAUGUCACAGGUUGAUGUCAGUGUCCAGAAAGUCUACAGACAGAAAAACAGAAUUUUCCAGCAGGAUGAAGCAAGUGGUGAAUGGCGAGGCCCUAUACGAACCCUGCUGCAAUGCAAGAUGAAGAAGGGAGGUGGAGAUUUCCUUUUCACUGGAAAUGAACAUUUUGGCGAAGCUUGGUUGGGCUGUGCUCCUCGGUUUAAAGAUUUCAUGUUUGUUUACCAGGCUGCCAGAGAAAGAGGAGCCAACCCGUGUGAGUUUCAACUCAGCUGA